AUGUCCUUCCAAGUCCCCCAGAAUGUGCCGUCGUUCUCGAGUUCACAAAGAUCACAAGAAGACUCCUACUGGCGUUCAAAACAAAGUAAUGGACCUGCGAGAGGAGGAGUCGCGGACGCGGUCACCUCGAAAAUCAACGAUAUCUUCAGCGAGGAGGGAGGGGGUCAGCUCCCAAUGUACAAGGACAAACCGCAUUUCCCUGCCAGUCGGCGGCGCGGUCUACUGCAGCGGAAACGGAUUCAGGGUCUCAUAGGCCUGCUGGUGAUCUUUGUCCUUUGGUGGACUGGUCUCUUGCCUCUGGGAGGCUCCAAGCCGCAUUAUGACCCCGCUGAGCACCAGCAUACGUUCUUUGGCCAUAAUGACUGGUCUGCCCAGAGGGAGGCCGUCAAGGAAGUGUUUAUAACAACAUGGGAAGGGUACGAGAAAUAUGCAUGGGGACUGGACGAGUACCACCCCCUCACACGGAAAGGGAAAAAUAUGGUAGAAGGUGGCAUGGGAUGGAUUAUUGUUGAUGCUCUAGACACGGCCAUUAUGAUGAACUUGACUUCACAGGUUGCAACAGCGAGGGAGUGGAUCUCAACGUCACUCAGCUAUAAUGCAGACCAUGAUGUGAAUACCUUUGAAACGACCAUUCGAAUGCUUGGGGGUUUGCUGUCUGCCUAUUAUCUAUCCACCAGCUUCCCGAAUCUUGCACCUCAACGAGACGAUGACUUUAAUCAGCCAGGAGAAGACCUGUACAUUGAAAAGGCAACCGACCUGGCCGAUCGCUUGCUUGGAGCUUACGACUCUCCUUCAGGGAUACCGUAUUCAUCUAUUAAUCUUAACACAUCUCAAGGACUGAUCAACCAUCUGGAUGGCGGCGCAUCAUCAACAGCGGAGGCUGCAACUUUGCAACUUGAAAUGAAAUACCUCUCCAAGGUAACAGGAGAACCUGUCUAUUGGGAGAGAGCGGAACUUGUGAUCAACGCAAUCGACUCGCAACAAAUGGAAGAUGGCUUGCUUCCUAUUUUCAUCUACCCAGCUACUGGCGAAUUUCGUGGAGAGAACAUUCGUCUUGGGUCUCGAGGAGACAGCUACUACGAAUAUCUGAUCAAACAAUAUCUACAGACAGGUGGUGUUGAGACUAUAUAUCGGGACAUGUGGGAUGAGGCCUUGGAAGGAGUCAAGAAACAUCUGAUCACUUACUCCAGCAAAGCGUCACUAACGAUUCUCGCUGAAAGGCCCAGUGGAUUAGGCCAUGUAUUGACGCCCAAAAUGGACCACCUGGUAUGUUUCAUGCCUGGGACAAUUGCACUUGCAGUCACUGGUGGACAGACGGUCGAGCAAGCAAGAAGGAAUCUUGGCAGUGGUUGGACCAAGAAACAUGAUGAGGAUCUCGCGCUUGCGGAGGAGCUAAUGAAAACAUGUUGGGGUAUGUACAAAGUCACACCGACUGGGCUCGCGCCCGAGAUCGCCUACUUCCACAUUGACAACCCGCCUCGUCAAUGGCAAGGGCAUCUGGAUCCCAAUUGGACGCCACCUGUAUCAUCAAAUCUGUCAGAUGACAUGGACGCGGAUUGGAGAGCCGACUACGACAUCCACGAUAUGGACGUCCACAAUCUACAGAGGCCUGAAACCGUCGAAUCAUUGUUCUACAUGUGGCGGAUCACGAAGGAUCCAAAGUAUCGAGAAUGGGGAUGGGAGAUGUUCGAGGCCUUCCGCGAGCACACCAAGGUGGUGGAUGAAGUUGAAGGCAAGGUCUAUGCGUAUAGCUCUCUCGACACCGUCAUGGACAACCCAGUGAAAGAGCGAAAGCGAAGAGACAAUAUGGAGAGUUUCUGGAUGGCCGAAACCCUGAAGUACUUCUACUUACUCUUCUCCGGCGACGAUUUCUUCCCCCUGGACCGCGUCGUUUUCAACACGGAAGCUCAUCCCCUGCCGGUAUUUGAUAUCAAGGGAAGUAAAGUAUUCAAGACUGGUUGGGAGAGAAGCAAAAAGGGUGCUGUUUCGCCCAAGGCUGCUGAUCAUGAUGGGAAUGGGGAGAAAUCAAAUGGCGACUUUGUACAAUUCCCGGGCCGGCGCGUUGGAGACGGCGUGCGUUUCGGCGAGGAUGGGAAACCGAUUGAAGCGAAGUCUGAACAUGAUCACGAACACGACGAUACAAUCGAGCACGGCCACAUUGAAGAAAGCGGCCAUGGGAAACCAUCAACUGAGCACUCCAUUCUAGAGGUAGGCAAAAGGAAGGACGACCCAAGUGACUUUGGCGGUGACACAGAGGGUACUCUGCCGCUGCAAAACAGUCGCGGGGGCCGCUCCAAACCUCAAGAUAGACUGGAGAAAGAGGAGGAGGAGGAAGCCAACGCUGACGAUGAUGAAGAGCUCGUUGGUCGCCGUGGUUCGAAGGAUCAUUGA